CGUCUGUCCUGCCCGCAUGUGUAUACACAUGCAGGCGCUGUACGACAGCAUUCCAGAUCCGCAUCACGUGGUGGAGUUUGGAUCCAGGAUUGAGCAGGUCAUCACCACACCGGCGCCAACCGCCCAACCAACAACAACAACAACUACAACUACCGGUGCACAUCAGCAUGACGGCAACACUAACGCUAACAGCAGCAACCCUAACAGCAGCAGCAAUGCUAGCAGCAGCAAUAACAGCAGCAGUAGCAGUAAGGGUAAUGUUGCCGUACAGUUGGCUGAUGGUCGUACGGUGUACGGCAGUGCGCUGGUUGGUGCUGACGGUGUGGGCAGCCUGGUGGCGGGGGGGCACCUGGGGCUGAGUCGACCCGGGUACGCGGGCUAUGUGGCUUUCCGAGGCGUGGCGGACUUCCCCUGCCCCUCCCCCUCCCCCGGCGUCCCCACACCUCCCAACUCGCUGCCCAUACCCACCGACACGGUACGGCAGAUCUGGGGGCGCGGCGUGCGUGCGGGUAUGUACCCGCUCACCCCCUCCUCCUGCUACUGGUUCGUCUGCUACAAUGAGGACGAGCAAGCCGCCUCGCGCCCCCCCGCCACCCCCUCCCAGCGCCAGUCCGCCGCUCUGUCCCGGGUGGCGCACUGGGCCGGGCAGUGGGGCCUGGCGGCAGCGAUCCGCUGCACCCCGCCGGAUGACAUCACCUGGAGCCGCAUCGCUGACCGCUGGACUCCGGGCCCCUUCGGCCGCGGUGUGGUGACGCUGGCGGGUGACGCGGCGCACCCCAUGACACCCAAUCUGGGCCAGGGCGGCUGCGCGGCGCUGGAGGACGCGGUGGUGCUGGGGCGCCUGCUGGGG